AUGGCCACAGCAGUCAGUUCUUCUCCUGGGCCCUCGAAUCAGCCAGAUUCCUCUGUGACCAAAACUAACCCAGAGAAAGAACGUUUUUCAGAGACUUCUAAAGAAAGUGUUAAACCUAAAGUGAAUGGAAAUGAAACUGAGAAACCUAAACCCAAACAAAGUGACAAAAAUCCCAAAGAGGAUAAAGCUAAUGUGAAAAAAUUUGACAAUAAAUUGUAUGUGGAAGCUCCACCACCAAAGACCAACCCCUGGAAAAAGGGCACACCAAAUACCCCACCUCCACCAGUUGCAGUGAAAAAAGAUAUUUAUAAAAUGACAGAAAUUAUUUGA